UGAUCGCCAUGUAACAUUUGGGCCUUUAAUGAACUCGUUUAUGGAUGAAAUUAAAUGAAUUCAUUAAGCUAGUUGGCUAUGUGAAGUUGCUUACCUGCGCUACUAUUCAUGCUAGGGUGUUGGAUCUUAGCUAGUGAGCUAGUUUACGGUUUUAGCCUAGCUCCUUAACUUUACGACGAAAAUAGGUUUUAGGUUGAGGCAACCAAUGACAUUCAUCGGUUAUGAAGCAGUGUAUACGGGAUAAACAUGUUUAGGCGCCGUUGGGAUGUUACAUAGCAAGAGGGUAGCUUGCACCGACCUUACAUAUUGAGUAUUAGCACGCUAAAUUAGCUAACCCUAGUUAAUGUGGGUUAAUAUUAGCGGAAGGAUAGCUUCAGUCCUGGAGGAUUUGGGGAUUUCCUUGUUGAAACACACAGUAUUCAUCAUUAGUGAACUAUUAGGUUUCCGGAUGUAUUGCCUAACGCUAGAGCAGAGGAAUCGCCGAGCUAAGCCGGACUUCGGCUCUGGAGGACCGGAGUUGGGCUCCCCUGUAUCAGGCAGUGUAGCUAGUUGGAGAAGCGUGAUCACGCCUGUUAAAGCAAACUAAUUAGGUAUAGUCCGAGUAAAGUGAUGAACUCCAAGUAUGAGCCCCCUGUUUCUUUACGUUGAACAACUGUGUUUUGACCAUUUUUGCAUGUUUUGUCGAAAGUUGAAAGUUGUGUGUGGGUCUUGCUAGCUAGCUAGCUAAAAUAGGUUAGGCCAUGUCCCGGCAUGUUGAGAUUAAAAACACAAAUAAGCAGAAGUCCCUGCUUCAACAAAACAGCUAAAACCCAAUUUCUUACGAAACACCGCAUUUGUUGUGUAUGGUUUUAAUAUUAGUUGCUUAGUUAACCCCUUAAGAACCUGGCAACGGGUUAACCAGGUUAGUUAGCCAGAUAUAUGUAUCUAGUCUUGUACUCCUGUCUGUAAACAGCGUGAUAACGAACCGCAUAUUGCCUGCGAUUAAUUAUUUAUGCUAUAAAUUAGUUUCAAAGUCUUUCUUGCUACACGCCCGGAUUACCCCACAUUAUUUGGUAGGGUAUGUUGCCCUUAAAUUAAUUUUUAUAGAAUUUCUUGUAACCUAUUUAAGGGUUUAUCAGUUAAAAUUCAUUAAGGCCCAAAACGUAUAUCGUAUUGCAGAAACUCCGAAGACAUCAACUACAUUUCAUAACUUUAAAUUCUGGAAAAUGAUUGUAAAGCAUGUUCCAUUGUUGUAUGCUGAUGCAUUCAAUGGUUCAGUGUCCAUUAUUUUAUGAAAAUCUAGGCUAAAUCCUGGGAGCUUUUGCACUGCGCAGUUUUUUCCCCGAGUCAUAACAUUUGGUAAUUAGCGUAUCUUUAGGUCAUUGUAAAGACUAUAAUAAAUUGAGUCGGGUAGUUUCGAGGAAGGGGGCGGUCUGUUUAAACUGGCUUUGCUAACUCGAGCUAGAAAGUUAACAUUGCAUUGGUAAUCAUUAAAGCAGAGCUGAACUGAACUUUUCGUUAUUGAACAGCAGUGCUUAAGAUAGCUUCAGUUUGAAUUUGAUCUUCAUACAUGAACUGUUCAUUUAUUAUUAGCCUGUUUGUUAACGAUUAUGUUGCUUGCAUUUCUGAUACAUUUCAUUAAAUUAUAUUAGCGCACUCAGACUGGAAGUUGCCAGGACUACUCAUGUCACAGUGGAUUUAAGAGUAACUGCUCUGAAGCUUUUUCAUUCUUAUUUUACUAUUCCUUAUCAGUAAGAUUACUAGUUAUCUUAUCAUAUUUAGUAACCAUGUUAAUAUUUCUUUAAUAUUUAUCCCCUUUAAAUAUUUAAGUAUUUUAAUAUGUAUUCAGAAAAUAUUUUAUAUUGUUAUAACCUUUUAAAAUAUCUUGAAAUAUGUGAAACAUCUGUAAGUAAAACAUUCAUCAUCUAUAACUACUGGAACAAUACAGGAAGAAAAGAGAAAGUUUUGCAUGAUGUUUUGAAAUCAACACAGUCAGUGUUAGCUAUAGGCCUAUACUUUUAAAAUCUGCGGGUGCUUUCAUGCAGGCCUAAUGAGACCUUUACGUUUGGCAUUUUUACUAGGGCGCAGUAUAUAUAUUUUUUAUUACCAGUAUACUGAUUUUGAUUCUCAUGGUGAGCAUUUUGUGCGUGAGAGCUCAUUCUGCUACAGAGCAUCCAUCAUCUAUUUUUGAUGGCCCACUAUAGAGUGUAUAUCAUCGACAUCAUCUACCUACAUGUUAAAAUACCUGCCACUAAACAAAAUGUAAGAAUCAUAACUAUAUUAUUUGAAUAUAAUAACAAAUGUCUGAAGAGCGUUACAGAUAUAGUACAAUGUCUUGUGGUGCCAACAUUCAUCAAUUCUAAAUUUUGAUGGAGGUGAAAACAUUUCUCACCUGCACAGUUGUUAUAGUUAGGAGACAUUGUAGAGUGACCUACUUUACAGCAGGUUUUACAUGAAACACUUGCUUUGUUCAGCAGGAUGGAGGAACUAGGCACAUAGGAAAAAUAAAGACACACUGGACCUCAGAGCACUGAUGUGGCAUUCUCUGGCCUGCCUGUUUUCUUGCCCUCUACCUCAAGUUCCCAUAUUAAACAACUAAAAACAAGAACUGUUACCUUCAGCUCCUAAGGAAAUAACCCAAGAUACUAACAGCUGCAACCCUCUUCAGGCCACUUUGAGUACUGUUGACUCCAGCAGCAAAGUAAAUAGAGGGAUUUCCUUCUCUCCUUGAAAUCUAGAAUCUUAUGCACAUUCCCCUGCAAACUGUUGAUCAGUUGAAUAGAAGCAUCCAUACUGGCACUCUACACUUGAUCCUGUGGUGAUCUUUUUUUUAAACCGCCUCCCCCUUCCCCUUUAUCUGCUGCAAGACAUUGUAGGAUAUUCUCUCUGCUUGGUUUCUCAAUUUCUUUUUUUUGUUGAGUGUCCGGUUAACCCGGCAGUUGCGUUACAUUUUGAAGCUGGGGUCCGACUCAUGGGAUGCAAGGAUGUCGGAGGCAGGAGAGCGCCGCCCGGUCAACGCAGAGUAUGCCGUCUCUGUGCUGGAGCAGCUCAAGUUCUUCUAUGAGCAGAAGUUAAUGACAGAUAUCACCCUGCUCGUUGAAGACAAUGAGUUUCCCUGCCAUAAGAUGAUCCUGGCUACUUGCAGCUCCUAUUUCAGGGCCAUGUUCAUGAGUGGGCUCAGUGAGAGCAAACAGACGCAUGUUCACCUGAGGAACGUGGACCCUGUCACACUGCAGACGAUCAUCGCCUAUGCCUAUACUGGCAAUUUGGCCAUCAGUGACAGUACUGUGGAGCCUCUCUAUGAAACUGCUUGUUUUCUACAGGUGGAGGAUGUCUUAUUGCAGUGUCGGGACUAUUUGGUCAAGAAAAUCACAGCCGACAACUGUGUGCGCAUGUUGAGCAUUGGCGAUUUGUUCAGUUGCAGUGAGCUAAAGCAAAGUGCAAAGCGCAUGGUGGAACACAAGUUUCCCAUGGUCUACCGACAGGAAGCCUUUCUACAGCUCUCCCAUGAGCUGCUGCUCGACCUCCUCAGUAGCGACAAUCUCAAUGUGGAAAAGGAGGAGACAGUACGAGAGGCAGCAAUGCUGUGGCUGGAAUACAACAUGGAGGCACGAUCACAGUAUCUCUCCUCUGUCCUGAGUCAGAUUCGGAUUGAUGCGCUCUCAGAAGUGACACAGCGUGCCUGGUUCCAGGGUCUUCCGCCUAAUGAUAAGUCUGUGGUGGUGCAAGGCCUCUAUAAGUCCAUGCCUAAGUUUUUUAAGCCUAGACUAGGUAUGACCAAAGAGGAGAUGCUUAUUUUUGUUGAAGUGGAGUCACCUGGAGAUAAUCAUCCAGUGGUGGUUGGUCCUCGUCACUCUGUGGUCUGUUACAGUCCACAAGCUGAGAAAGUCUACAAAUUGAGUAGCCCACCUGGAGACCUGCAGAAAGUUGGCACCCUGGUCACCCCGGACAAUGAUGUGUUCAUUGCUGGUGGUCAGGUACCUCUUAAAAGUGCUCUGACGAGUCAUGGCAGCAAGACUGGCAAGCUGCAAGCUGCCUUCUGCUCAGUGGACAGCUUCUACUGGCUGGAUGCACAGCAGAACACUUGGGUAGCCAAGACCCCCAUGCUUUGCACUCGUACCAAGCCUUCUCUAGUCUACUGCCAGGGUUUCAUAUACGCCAUUGGUGGUGACAACGUGGGUGGGGAACUGAAUAAGCGCACCGUAGAGCGAUACGACUGCGAGAGGGAUGAGUGGAGUAUGACCAGCCCGCUGCCCUGUGCCUGGAGCUGGAGCACGGCUGUAGCGGCCCGUGACUGUGUUUACGUCAUGAGCCAUGAUCUCAUGUACUGUUACUUUCCUCAUGCCGACACCUGGGUGGAGAUGGCUAUGCGCAAAACCAGCCGCUGUUUUGCCUCUGCAGCUGCGCUGGGCGACCUCAUCUUCUACAUCGGUGGCUUGCAUGUGGUGGGUAACUCAAGCUUGCGACUCCCCACCAGCACGAUUGACGGCUCCUCAGUCACUGUGGAGAUUUAUGAUGUUAACAAGAACGAGUGGCGAAUGGCUGCUAACAUCCCAGCCAAGCGCUACUCAGACCCUUGUGUGCGUGCUGUAGUGCUGGUCAAUGCGCUGUGCAUUUUCAUGCGUGAAACGCAUCUUAACGAACGGGCUAAGUAUGCACUCUACCAGUACGACCUGGAGUUGGAUCGCUGGUGUCUGCGGCAGCCUGUGUCUGAACGUGUCCUCUGGGACCUGGGAAAGGAUUUCCGCUGCACUGUUGGCAAACUGUACCCCUCUUGCUUGGAGGAAUCGCCCUGGAAGCCACCUACCUACCUCUUUUCCCCUGAUGGAGCAGAGGAGUUUGAAGUGGACAGGGAUAUGGUGUCACUGCCACACGUAUAGUUUAUGGCAUCCAUCCCUUAGCUAAUCUGCUUCUUUGGAUUUUGAACUCUUCAGUUUAAGUGACUUCCUGAGGGAGGUUGGUGAAAGGGUGGAUGGCAUGAUAAGAAAAAUGGUUAGAACUGCUCAAGUUUGCUGGGGUUAUCUGACUUCCAAUAGGAUCUAAAGACUUACUGUGGAAACGGGGUGUUUUUCUCCUUAACCUGCCCAUCCCGGAACUGGUGUCACCACUCGUAGCUUUUAACAUAAUCCAUUGUAUGCCUCAAAACAGCAUAGAUGAUAAUCCCUCAAAAGACUAGCAUAAUGUUUUGUAGUUACUGUUUUUUUUUGUUUAUUUCUUGUAAGCAUUAUUACAGGUCUGAUGUACUGUUUCAACAAUGUGAUGAUGUAGAGAUUAUGAUGAUUACAUUGUGGAUAACGAUGCACUUACUGGCAAACGUCCUACAGCUGGCGUUGGCAAUGAUACCAAAUGCCCUCUGUUUUCUUGUUUCUACCAGUUUUCUUUCUUCCUCACUAAUUAUGGAGUGCUGUCCAGGAUAUGGCAGCUAUGGAUAGGAAUUUGGGUGUUUAUGUGCUGGGCACUUGGUGAGUUUAUCGAAGGUGUCUUGGUUAUUAGAAGCUGACUGCAGGUUCGGUCACUGGCUCGUCGGUCCUUUUUGUACAUCUCUCAGCCCCAAUCUUUACUGCCUCUACAUUUGUGAAAUCCUGAUAAUUUGCUCUCCAUACCCCCCCACCCCCCAUCUCACUAUAGCCUGUGGCGCUGAACCUACUGGACCUCUGCACAAUGGGCUCGGAGUCAUCUCCUCUGACCAUCUCUGUUGGGUUUGCUGGAAUUUAAAAAUGUUUUUUCUGGUCUUUUGUUCUCUCUCAAAUGUGCAGGAUUCUGCAAGGUCUACCUUUUUCUUUCUCUCUCACAUACUUGCAUUCUGAGAUACAAACAUAUCUCCACUCUCAGUUCAACAGUGAUUUGGACUCAUGCGUAUUAUUUCCUAGCUGCAAAAAUGUCUUUUUCAUAUGUAAAAAAAAAAAAAGUGUGUGGAAACGAUCAGGUCUGUUUUGUAUUGGUAUCCUUUUUUAUUAUUUAAUAUCAGCCAUUACUGUAGUAUGAUUGUGUAUAGAUAUUCAUUUUUCCUCCUCCCCCCCCUCCAAUGAGAAUUGAGGAGUCUUGCUGCUGAUUGGGUUUUUGAGAAAAGGAUAAGCCCAAGGCUGUUGCUAUGGCAAUUGUCCCAGCAACCACUAUCAGUAGGGACUGGGUGGGUAUCAGUGGGGCUGGAAGGGGGAUUCCUCCUACCUUAAAAAUGAGCACAGGUGCUAUUUGGCAGAUAUUUUACUAGCAUGUUCAGCUGCAUCCUGUUCUUUUGGCACUGUAUUUUGAAUGAACAUUAAUUUAUUAAAAACCAUACCAAAAAUCCUUUCUUUGAUUAUAUUUUUGUUUCUUAAUAUUUCUUGCCAUUAAUUUUUUUUUCUUUGAUUCAUUUCAUUGUUCACAAGUCAUGAAAUAUGACUUUACUGAUCAGAUGGCUUGUUUCUAUUUAUUUAUUUAUUUAUUUAUAAGCAGUGGCUUAAGAUAGCUAUCCCUAAAAGGGUUUUGGCCAGGGAAUUGCUCAGGCCCUGGAGUGUGGACAGUGAAUGUUUGUCUGGGAGCUAUUUAUUAAUGGAACACAUUUAUUCAGAUAUAUUACGUUUUAACAAAGAUUUUUGGAGCUCUUAAGUAUUGUUCUUUAGUGAUGGUGUAGAACAGGGGUAUUCAAAUCACGGUCCAGAUCCUACAGAGUUUCUACCCUCUCUUUAUCUUAUCUAGGAGAUGGUCCAAUUAUGGUGGUAAUUUAAACAUAAUACAAGGGAUUAUAAAAUCCAGGACCCCAUUUGGAUUUGAGGUCUGGAUUUGAAUAUGUCUGGUGUAGCAGAAUACAAAACACAGGGCGUAAUGAUCUCUAAUAAUAAUAAUAAUAAUAAACACUGGUUUAAUAAAACAACAACCACUAAAUGUGGGCUUCUUUUUGAUCAUUCAUGUUCUGCUUUGCAACAGAGUAUUUCUCAAUUACCAAUCGUAUGCAAGCAGGGUAGUGUGUCCAAUUAGCAGCAAGCACCUUUGUGAGCCACCAUGUAGCAUGCUGUAUGCAAACAAUUUAGUCUUUGCUCCCUAAAAUAUGGACUCAAAAUUGAUAAAGACAGGUGAGAAAACAAGUGCCAUAAGGUGGGAUGCAAGACCCCAUUGUGACGUUUACCUUCAUGUCACGUGGUGCCAUGCAGUCAAUGUGUACAACUUGCAUGAUAUUGUAGCAGACCAAGGAACAGCUACCACACCAUUGCAGUUGGCAUUAUCACUUGCAUUACACAGAUUUUUAGACCAGGAUAUGUGUAUAUGUGAUCUAGAAUAAAAUACUUAUUGUAAUACAUUGGUGGGUUAAUCUGCAGCAUGUUGAAGUAUGUAAUUUAUUCCUGUUCCCAUGUGCAAGCUCAGCAGUUGGAUGAGGCCACCUAGCUUGCAACACUCUGAGGAAACCUUGUUGUAUUUGCCCAUGUGCGGCUGAUUAUUUUUUUAUACUUGCUCUUGGUAAUAAUUAUAGAUAGACUAUACCAUAUACACAUGUUGCCAUAUACCCAGUUUGCUUUCUCUGUGUAGCAAAAAGCAUUCAGAAUGAAAAAAAAAAGCUGUGAAAUGAGUCCUAGUAUUUGAUCUCACUGCUACAAGGUUUAUCCAGAAUCAGUCAAUAAUGGGACCCAAAUAAAAUACGUAGAUAUGUAUUACAUACUCCAGUAUCUGAUGUGACAUUAAGCACGGGCAUAUUGUUCUAAAUAUUUUCAAAGGGCUUGUGAAUAAAUGUUUAAUGAA